CUUGAGAGACGCCGUGGUUACCAUGCACAGGACAAAAGGCCCCUUGGCCUUCUACAAAGGCUUGACACCUACGCUGAUUGCCAUCUUCCCCUAUGCCGGCUUCCAGUUCUCCUGCUACAGUGCCGUGAAGUCGGCCUCUGAGUGGGUCACGCCAGCCAGUGGCAAGCAGAACGAGAACCUUAGAAACCUGCUCUGUGGCUGCGGAGCUGGCGUCAUCAGCAAGACCCUGACCUACCCUCUGGACCUCUUCAAGAAGCGCCUGCAGGUAGGAGGCUUCGUGAGGGCCUGAGCCAGCUUCGGCCAGGUGCGGUGCUACA